UAAACUGCAGUCGGAGCUGGCAAGAUGGCGGCGUGGAGCUGAUCGGGUGUUCGGGGCCAAAUCCGGAUUCGGAUCUGGAUAUAGAUUCGGUUUAUUUGCACGCGGGAACCACACCUGAGCUGAUGAACUGAAACCGGUCCGAUUCUGCGUCUCCAGGUUAAAUGCACUUCCUCGCCACAGUCUUCCUCACGGUGGUGCUCCUGGAGAGCGGCACCUGCAGGACAGGUGUGGAAUCUCAGGAGAACCAGGUGCUUAGAACCAGACAGAGAGAAUCACAGCACACACUGCCUCAGAUCCAGACUAUGGCUCCGCCCCCCGCAUUCAGCCUGGAGUUCCACAAGUGUGCCGAGGUUGAAACAGGAAGUGAUGCUCUGCAGGUGAGCUUCUACCUGCUCAUCUCUAACCCGGCCGAGGGAGUCGACCUAUCACAGCUCAGCAUUCGCGACACUGUCUCUGACAUCACACUCCUGCAGAGCAGCGGCAGCAUCCAGCAGAGAGGAUACCAGAUCUUUACCACACACUCACUGCCUGCUGGCUCCAGGUAUGAGGUGCGGUACACAGCGAGUGUGAGGGGCAGUAAAAACGAGGAUCUGUUUCUACCAGCCCUUCUCACCUUUUCCAACACCUCACAGAAUGAGAUUAACCUGUUUGGACCUGUAGUGGCAAACUUCACUCUGAGAUUAAACACUACUGAGAAGGUGUAUGUGAAUCAUGCGCUGCACCUGGCUGGUUUCUGUGGGGCGCUCCUGUUCUCCACACUGCUGUUCUCCCUCACCCUGAUCUCCACCAGCUACCUGCACACCCGCCUCCUCACCCCCCAACACAGGAGGAGGAGGGGCCUCCGUGGAGGGGUGGAGACAGUGGAGGGCGUGUGUAAUGUCAGCGAGUCAGCCAAUGAGGAGGCGGAGUUUGAGGAUAAAAUUGUGGACAUCAUGGCAUUGGAGGAUCCACAGAAUAUGCUGCAAACACUCGACAAUCUGGAGAUGUCCACUCUCCUGCGGGGGGCGCUGUGGGUGGAGUGUGUGAGGGUGCAGUUGGUGAGGGGCGUGUUCAGGGUGCUGCUGGGCGGGGCUGGGGAGGCGGGGCAUAGGGUGGAGGCGGUGCUGUUGGGUCAGGUGACUGGUAUGGAGGGAAAGCUGCAAGAGGAGCAGGGGGCGUGGCUAACCUCAGUCGCCGCCCACUGUUCCACUAAGACCCAGCAGGAGAUGGAGCUGCACCAAACACACUCCGACAAACUGUUACAGCAUGCUGAUCACCAGUGUGUGCAGGAGGAGCUGGAGUGCAGGGAGCUGCUGGAGAAGUUGCGGGCGCUGGAGCGGGGGCGGGUACAGCGGGCGCUGUGGGCGGGGCGAGACCGGGCGACGGCUCGGGCACAGAGACACAUGGCCGUCCGGCGACGGGUCGAGCUGCACGCCAUCUUCGCCGAGGAGCUGCAGGAGGCGGCCAGAACCGGAGAACUGUACCCGGACACGGCCAACGCCCUGCUGCACCAGUACUACACCUGCCAGAAUCAGCUGGAGGAGGUGCUUGAUGUGUAUGUAGCCAAUCAGAGGGCAGCUGUGCGCGAGCGACAGGCGCAGCGGCGGUUUCUGGUGGAGGGUCUUCAGGACCUGCAGGAGGUGCUGUCUCACACCCUCAGCUCCUCCUCCAUCAUCAUCCACCGCUGGUUCACUGAGAUACGCAGGGACGGUGUGCUGAAUGGUCAGCAGUGUGAGGAGCAGUUGGAGCGCGCUCAGUCGGAGCUGCUGAGGGUUAAACAGUCGUUAGAGGAAACUCUGGCCCGGCAGUGCAGCACUGCCCACUGUGACAUCAUCAAAAGGAGGCGGGGCCGUAUCUCUGAGGUGCUGUGUGAGCAGAAGCGAGAGCAGCAGGAGUUGGAGUGUGUGUGUGAGGGUCCGGUGGGUCGGUAUUUGUCUCGAUGGCAGACGCUCCUCUCCUCUCACACCACACACUACUCUGAACUCCUCACACACCUCGACCAGGAGGCAGCGGGGGAGAUACGCAAGGUGGUGCUGGCGGUGCUGCAGGAGGCGGGGCUUGAGCUGGGGGCGGUGGGUGAGGGGGUGUGUCAGUCUCUGCAUGCUCUGGGGGUCCCGCGCUGGCUGCUGCAGCGGGACGUGGGGGGCGGGCCCAUGGAGAGGCUACGUGAGCGGGGCCGGGACACUGCGGUCGCUCUGUGGGCGGCUCGGAGCUCCGCCCACCAGCGCAGAGAGGAGGAGCUGCAGCGGCAGAAGCACGUGCGACUCCGGCUGGACCGGUACUACAGGAGUGUGUUGGAGAGUCAGUGGGCGCUGUCGGAGGCGGAGCUUCUGCGGGUGAGGCUGGCGUGGGUCAAAUGUGUAUGUCAGGUAGAUCGGUGUCUGGCACUCUCGCACGCUCUCGCUCUCGCUCGACUGCACACCACACUGACCGACCACCCGGACCCUCGCACGGACCACCCGGAUACUCACACAGACCACCCGGGCCCUCGCACGGACCACCCGGGCCCUCGCACGGACCACCCGGGCCCUCGCACAGACCACCCGGGCCCUCGCACGGACCACCCGGGCCCUCGCACGGACCACCCGGGCCCUCGCACAGACCACCCGGACCCUCGCACGGACCACCCGGAUACUCACACAGACCACCCGGGCCCUCGCACAGACCACCCGGGCCCUCGCACGGACCACCCGGACCCUCGCACGGACCACCCGGACCCUCGCACGGACCACCCGGGCCCUCGCACGGACCACCCGGGCCCUCGCACGGACCACCCGGGCCCUCGCACGGACCACCCGGACCCUCGCACACAGAAGGUGGUAGUGAAUACAGAGCGCCCCCUGGAGGCUUCAGGAGUGAGCACUGCAGAACUGAGAGAUGGGCGGAGCCUCAAGAGGAACCUGGUGGAGAGGGUGAAGGUUCUGGAGCAGGAGAGAGAGAGAGAGAGAGUGAGGGGCACAGUGGAGGAGGAGGUGUGUGCGCAUGAGGAGGAGGAGGAGCAGGUGUGUGUGUGUGAGGAGGGUUUGGGGGCGGAGCUUGCGGCAGUGCAGUGGGAGAGAGCGGAGAGGCGGAGCCGAGUGUUAGAAACACACUCCGCACUUCUCACCUUACACACACUGCUGCUGCAGCACCUGCCGCACACACACACACACACAACACAGCAGCUCACACACACACUGCACACACACAGCCUGGCUUUAGAGGAGGUGGAGCUUCAACUGCAGAAGGAGGAGUCUGAGUGGGAGGAGUUAGCAUUUGGGCGGAGCUCUGAUCACAUGCUGAUUGAUGAGGAGGAGGAGCUUCUCAGUGUGGAUAAAACCCGCAGCAUCGCCACCAACCUGCAGGAGGCGCUCUACAAGAGACAGCAGCUCACACACACACUCACUGACAGGUUGCAGGAGGCAGUUCGGAGGCGGCAGGUUAUAGAGGACCUAAGGGACCAACUGGAGCUGAAGCAACUUUACACACUCUGUGACCAGGAUGUGCUGUUAUGUGGGGAGCUGGUGAAGAUCUGUGGUGUUUCAGACACGGUUCUCCAGAAGAUCCUGCGGCUCCUGCUGCCUACAGUACCUGAUGGAGAACUACAGUCGCUCACAGACACACUUAGUUCUAAUGCAAGGAGGGCAGCUGGACCCUGCAGAGAGCUGGUGGACGGACUGAGGAGUGACAUCAUCAGUAAAAACCUGUCGCCCUGCUCUCGGCUCUCAGUCAGAGAGACAGACAGGCUCCUGAAGAAGAAGCAGACCCUGGUGGAGAACCUGUUCUCUGGUUCUGCUGGAUCUGCUAAAGGUGGGCUGAAGGUUUGGGAGCAGGAGGACACGCCCCCUGCUGCACAGGGGGUGGCGCCCUGCCUUCUGGCCCCUGCGUCCGUCCAGGCAGGGGAGGGGCCUGGGGUUAGUCCCAGGCCAGUAAUGGGAGGGGCCAGUGGGGAAUGGGUGUGGCCAACAAACUGCCCACGUGGUGAUGAGGUGGGUGUGGCCAUCGAGAGUACGAUGUCUGGACAGAGACUGUUCGUUUCCUGCAGCCCCCCACCCCCAAACCAACCCACUGAGCACCCCUCACCCCCCUCACUCCCCUUACUUCACACCCACAGGAAGAGGAGGAGCUUCCUGGGCUUCAGAAAUAGGAGUGUAGCUCCUGAGGAUCAGACAUGAAGGAAAAUAUAAAUCUGUAAAAUUCAAAGUUUGUAAUAAAGUUUUUUAUUUGUGUAAAUGUGAAAA